CUGAGCGCUGCGCCGUUCCCUUUUUAGGGCUUUUUACUUUUUUUUUCUGUUGUUGCCGGCUCAGCUCCUCCUACCCGGCAGCGAACCCCAGGGCAGAGGUGGAGCCGGCUGGGGCCGGGUUGGUUGGUAGGGGGUCGCGAUGUCCCUUGCGGAGCGACAGCGGAUGGAGGAAGAGGAGGGGGAAGGGGACGGCAGCGGAGAGGAAGUGGUUCAGAUCCGGCUGGGGGACAAGUGCUACCCGGUGUGCAAGAGGAAGCUGAUCGAACAGAGUGACUAUUUCCGAGCCCUGUACCGUUCGGGCAUGCGGGAGGCAGGGCAGGGCCAGGAAGAGCAGCUGUUGCGAGGAGGGCUGAGCGCGCUGGGACUGGAGUUGGUGCUGGACUUCAUCAACACUUCCUGCCUUGCCCGGCUGGAGCAAGAGGGUGAGGAGGAGCCUCCUCUGUUAGAGGAGCUGGUGGAGGCCGCCUCCUACCUGCAAGUCACUCCCCUGCUGCGCUUGCUGCUCUCCCAGGUGCGAUUGGGCAACUGCCUGGAGCUACAUCACCUGGCCCAGGUCUAUGGCCUGCAGGAUCUGCACGAUGCUUGUUUGGACUUCAUGGCUUCCCAUUACCACCAGGUGCUGCGCAGGCCCGAUACCCGGCUGCACCUCAACCUGCCUCACGCUCUCCAGCAGCACCUGAAGGAGAGGCGGAUGAGAGGCACUGCCACUUUGGUGGCUAUUGGGGACUUCAUGGGUACCUCAUCCACGGGCCACCCGCAGGCAGAGGCCCCUUGGUCCAUGCUGAGAUACGAUGAGGAAGCAGAGCAAUGGCUGCCCCUGGCCAACAACCUACCUCCAGAUCUGGUGAAUGUGCGAGGCUACGGGUCAGCCAUGUUGGACAACUACCUCUUCAUCAUUGGGGGGUACCGGAUCACCACCAGUCAGGAGAUCUCAGCUGCCCAUUGUUACAACCCUUGCCUAAAUGAGUGGAGUCAGCUGUCUUCAAUGAACCAGAAGAGGUCAAACUUUAAGCUGCUGGCUGUAAAUGGAAAGCUCUAUGCCAUCACUGGUCAAUACCUUUUCAAUGUGGACUGCUGUGACCCAGAAAAUGAGCGAUGGAAUUCUGUAGCAGCCAAGCUAAACUCUCUUGUAAAGUUCACAGAUUUCAAGUGCAAGAGUAAGCUUUAUGUUAUUGGCGGAUAUACUACACGAGACAGAAAUAUGAACAUCUUGCAAUACUGUCCUACUUCUGAUUCCUGGACCAACUUUGAAAUCUGUGACGUCCACGUUCGUAAACAGCAGAUGGUCUCUGUUGAAGAAACAAUCUAUCUAGUAGGAGGUUGUAUCCAUGAACUUGGACCAAACCAAAAAUCCAGCCAAAGUGAAGAUGUCUUAGCUGUGCAGUCUUACAACACUGCUACCAAAGAAUGGCUCUACCUCAAAGAGAACACAUCGAAGUCGGGUCUUAACUUGACUUGCACUCUACAUAACGAUGGAGUUUAUAUAUUGAGUAGAGAUAUUACUUUAUCUACGAGCUUGGAGCACCGUGUUUUUCUGAAGUAUAAUAUAUUCACAGACAGUUGGGAGUCACUAAGACGCUUUCCAGCCUUUGGACAAAACAUGCUGAUCUGUUCUAUGUACUUGCCUGGUGUGUGAGGCAUGUAAUGGCAUCAAGUUUUUCUUUGCAGCUCAUUAAUCAUUCUUGGAAGAAAUAUUGCUCCCUCUAAGUAAUUCCAGUUUCAGAAUGUAAUGUGGUUGCAUAACAUAGGCAUAAAAUAAAGGUUCUUUUCUUAAACAAAAAAAGUUUCAAAAUCUAAUAUUAAGAAUAAUGGUUCUAGAAACAGUUCCAAGAUUUCAGUUUAAUUUUCUUGUAUUUUGUAUUUAAAUUUCACCGAAUAUUGUUUACAACUUAAACAUAAAAAUUGUAUGUUGGUUACUAAUGAAGGAUAGAGUUCCAAAGGCAAAGCUGAUUAUUCUCAUUUUUAUUCUCCAUCAUUAUAGACAAAAUAGAAGAGAGCAUACAUGGUGAAAGUGAAUGUAAUUCAAUAAAAUAAAUACUAUAUCUGAGAUAUAUCAAAAAAAUGAAUAAUUUUUUUUAAUAUGAUUUUUACACAAACUGUGUUCUGUCAAAUGCAUAAUGUUUAAAAUUGUAAUGUUUAAAAUUGCGUAGUGUCUCAUGUUAUUCUCUCUUCUAUAGUCAUGGGUGAGUUUCAAGUGUUCCAGUAAGUAGGUAUCCUCAAGAAACAUGUAUUCCCCUGAAUUAUUUGGCAUGAAAUACUUCACAAGGAACUGGGAAGAACUACCUGGAGAUCGAAAGUUUCUUUCUUUCUGGACGUUAAAUGCUGCUUUAAUGGCAGUUAGCAGCAUUUAUGGUUGCCUUUAUGACAGAGGUAAAAAGGCUGUGAAUUCAAAGGGAGAAGUUCACUGAUCUUCAGAAGAUUUUCACUUUUAGUUAUCCUGUUGUUUUCUGCAGCACUGAAUGUUAAAAAUCAAAUUAUAGAAACUAAAAAACAGAUGUUAGCAGCAAGCUGCGUUGUAGGAGGAUGUAAUUGCGUACACACUGUGGUGAUUCUGCACCAGGCACUCGCUGCUUGAUAACAGUUAUCUAGUGCAAAAGAGGAGACUUUAUGUGGCAGGGUUCAUUUGUUUUAGCAGCUUCCUUACGACACCAGCUCUAACAGGUUUAUGUGGAUGCUGACUUUCUUAUAUCUACCAGGUUCCUGGUAACAUAACCAGUUUGUUACCUGAAGUUGUUAGUUUCUACAAAGAACAUAGGGGGAUAAUCACCAUAGAUUCUUAUUUGUGUUUCCUAGUUUCUGCAUAUUGCCUGAGAUCCUUUCCUUUUUGGAGGUGACAGGUUCACUGGAGUCUCCUGAAGGCCUUGGUUGUUAUCCUGGGAAGGUUUCACAACUGCUGCCUUUGGGAAAGAGAGGUUGCAUAGAUUUUGGUUUUGUACCAGGUUUUUCUCGAAAUUGUGAUAUUUAAUUCACUUGAAUGUGUUCCUAGUGAGGGGAGACUUUUAUUUCCCCUCUUGAAAUUCAGGAAUCUGAAUUGACUUGAAAAUAAGAUGCCUGUUGUACAGAGAAAGAAAAGGCAGCAAUGGUUCCCUCAAGUCUCUUUUUAACUCCCAUCUUUUCCAUGGUCUUGUAUUAAGUUGAUGUUAAAAGAGCUAUCAGACCAUUAUCUGUAACACAUUCUGUUCUUAGGUGCAUAAUUUUGAUGCUUCUGAUCAGAUCAUGUAUAGCAACCCAAAUAGAAAACCAGGAAACUCUGUUUAUCUAGUGUGGACAUUAACCAAGGUACUUUGAAUAACCAGAAUUAACCUUGUGGGUGGAAUUUUUGCAGUCUGGCGGAGCAUGUUAUGCUUAAGCCGAAAAUAGUGUCUGCCAUUCAUCUGUAUGCAUAGAUUUCACAAGUUUAGCCUUUGUCUAUUUUUCAGUUUUCAUUCCUUUGAAAACCUCAUGCACUGAGUGGCUGCUGUGUUAUAACAGUUGCAUCAGACCAAACAAUGGCUUUUCUACAACGAAAAAAAUAGGGUGACUUUCCUAAGAUUCUUAAGUGAUUUGUUUUUAACUUUUAUAAGUGUUUUAGAAUAAAUGUAAGCAUUGUUCUGUUGUCUGGUUAUAAAUUAUUUCAGCCACAUUAUUUUACUUUUCAUUUCUAUGUACACUACCCUACUAUAAUUCCUUAGUAAACUCAUUAAUAGCGGUGGCAGAAAUCA